UUCAACACAGACGCGAUAUAAGUGUCAACAAAAUAAGCGUGAUAGAAAAACUCAAACAAGACAAGACAGGAGAUUAAUUCAUAUCCGGAAGACGAACCGUUCACGUGGUGUGAUAAUUCAUUAUGGUGGACAGUAUUUAUCGUACACGCUCUCUUGGUGUAGGUGUAGUUGGUCUUCCUGAUCAGUAUGCCGACGGUAAAGCAGCGAAAGUGUGGCAGCUGUACAUCGGAGACACUCAAAGCAGGACAGAGGAGUACAAGUGCUGGUUGCUGUCCCUGCUCAGAAAACAUGGGGUACAUAAGGUGUUGGAUGUGGCCUGCGGCACAGGGGUCGAUUCCAUCAUGUUGGUAGAAGAGGGAUUUAAGGUGGUUAGUGUGGAUGCCAGUGACAAAAUGCUUAAAUAUGCUCUUAAAGAGAGAUGGGAGAGGAGAAAAGAGCCUGCCUUUGAUAACUGGGUAAUUGAGGAGGCCAACUGGCUAACGUUACCAGAAGAUGUUAAAAAACCUGGAGAUGGGUUUGAUGCAGUAAUCUGUCUAGGCAAUUCAUUUGCUCAUUUACCAGACUUCAAAGGGGACCAGAGUGAUCAGAAGCUUGCCUUACAAAACAUAGCCAGCAUGGUGAAACCUGGAGGGAUCCUAAUCAUUGACCACCGUAACUAUGAUUACAUCCUUGAGACUGGCCAAGCACCCCAAGGAAAGAAUAUUUACUAUAAGAGUGACCUAAAACAGGACAUCUCCACCUCAGUGCUGUGGGUCAAUAGCAAGCCUCACAUGAUCACACUGGACUACACUCUAGAACUGCCUCAACCAGUGGAUGUUCAGACUCCACCUGAUUCAAGUAAAUUCCGCCUGUCAUACUACCCCCAUCGUUUGGAGAGUUUUAAGGAGAUUUUAAGAUCAUCAUUUUUGGGAAAAUGCGAGCUCAAUGUAUAUGGAGACUUCGAGCAAUACACCCCAGGGCAAGGAGAGGUGCCCUGUUAUUUCAUUCAUGUGGUUAAAAAGACUACUUAAAGCCAUUUUUAAAGCCAUUUGGUUGUGAAAAUUUGCCUGUGCAAAGAGAGAGAAAAAAUGUAAAAUAAAACAAGGGCUUGCAUGACAUGAUUUUAGUUAUUUUGCUUUGUUGGGGGGUAUGUUUUUCUCUUUUUAUUUACUGUUUUGUAUUACACAUUUUUAAGCAUGUGUAACAUUUAACAUUUUACAUUACAGAACACUGCUGAAAGCAUAUCACACAGAAUGUGUUUUUGUGUUUCUCUGUGCUGCCUAGUUAUUAUUAGUAGUAGUAGUAGUAUACAUGCACUAGACAGAUGUUUUUGUCCAAUCACCCACGUCAGAUUAAAGAAGUCAAAAUAAAAAGAUAAAUGCAUAAAUAAUCCCUUUAUAAACCCUGAACAUUAUAGCAUUGUUGAAUAUGCUUUGCAAUAUAAACAGAUAAGUAAUAUACAAAUGGUUGUGACACAAGUCUGCAGGUACAGCACUAAUUAUAUAAACUGUAUAAGUAAAAGCGAGAUUAGGGUGUACACUAAAAUUCACUUACACAUACUUAAUGAACUACUUGAAUACACAGUAUGAAAUAGUCUUACCUAUGUGUAUAACUCAAUGUUCAGACAAAUACAUAUCACUGCUGUAUGUCUUUGAAAAAUCAUUUAAAGUGCUGAUUAUUUGCGUUUUUUUUUUCUUUUGCUUUAAAUGUGCUCUAACUGAUACAUAGUUUAAUGAUCUAUAGGUAUGCAAAUAUUAAAGUUUACUGGACCUAUAUAUUUUUACUUUGAAAUUGUGUAUUAACAUCUAAUGGAGUUUCAAUUGUUUGUUGUGGUUUGUUGAUUGGUGGCUGUAACUUUUUUUUUCAUUGUGCUGACCCAUAUCAAAGUCCUUUGACACUCACACAAUGUAAAGAUUGUGUUGAAUUACAAAAUAAAAACCCUCUAAAAAUCUA